AUGCCGACGGACCGUGGAGAUUUCGGCAUGGUCGUCUUCGCAGAUCCAGAUGAGGGUGUAGCCAAACAUGCCAUGGUCAUGUUCGGUGGAUACAGGACAACGUGGGGUUCGGAUUAUGACUCCGAGGUUUGCUACACAACAACCACAACCACUAUUGCACCACCGACGAUCACUACGACUACUAUGUUCGGCGACCAGGCGUUAUUCGGGGACGUCGGUGGUAGCACACAAAGUCCAGGCAAUUCUGGAACGACUGUGAACUCAGUGAUUGGUACCUUUCCAUGGGGCUACGCAGACACUACAGUGGCUUCGACAACAGCUCCAACGACUACGACAUCCACUGUGACAACUACGUAUGCCGUCAUCAAUCCAUUUCUCGGAGCGGCCACAGCAACGACGACAACACAAGUAUCAAGCACCGUGACUGCAUCUGAGACAGAGACUACGAGCGGCGAGGAGUCGUCAGUGGAUGGUUCCUACGAUGGCACAACGGAAGAACCAGUGCUGACCGUAGUGCAUGGAGGCCAAACCUACGCAAUUGCAAAUUCAAGCUCGAGCAGUGGAAGUGCGGGCGCUUCCAGCACAUCUACAUUGGGGACGGGAUCGUGCCAAAAUCAAUAUUACUUCGACGAUUUGUGGAUAUACCGUGACACAACAGACCAAUGGGUCACACGGCCGACUUCUGGAACUUUGCCGCCUUCUCGACGAGGCCACACUAUGGUCGCACGUCGUGCUGAGACUAACGACACCCAGCUUGUUCUGUUCGGUGGGCAUUACCAGGAUGUCCCGUACUCGGACAUGUGGAUUCUCGAUCUGAGCCGAACUGGAGACGAUGGCGAGUGGUUCCAGAUAGACCCCUACAUUCAAGGAGACAGGCCCCCUGCGGUCGCGUACCACACGAUGGUGUACGACCACGUGGCGGACGUCAUGGUGCUGUUCGGAGGCCUGCACUGGCUGGAGACGAACGCGAGCAACACCGAUAUCCUGCGCAACUCCGACCGGCGAUGCUUCAAAGACGCACAGGGCCUGCCAGAGAGCUACAGCGGCCUUCCCGAAGCCGAGUUUCUGAAUGCGAUGCAGGCGAAGUGCCGAGACACGGAUUUCUGCUGCCAGUUGACGGAGUUCUGGCCCCCAGCGGACAACCAAACGGUGUGGCCACCCAGCGUAUUGGACAACAUACAGAUCCGAACGGAGGCGGGUGCGCUAAACGUGACUGCCAUCAGUACAAUGUGCCGCUCAACCUGCUCAGCGAAGCAGUUCCAGGCCGACUUUACCGUCGACGUCAUGGACGGAGUUUGGGUAUUCGAUACGAACAAGUGUGUGGGCGGUUGCAGUGGCAAUGGCGUGUGCGAGAUGAGCCAAUGCAUAUGUAGACCAGGUUGGUAUGGCAUCGAUUGCUCGAUGCCCCGAUGUCCUGGUUCAACUUGCUACACUCAUUCCAAGACGAGGGAGCAAUUUUGUGUGGAAUGUUCACAACAUGGCAAGUGCGUGCGUGGUGCUUGCGUCUGUCUUCCAGGCUGGGGCUUCGACGACUGCUCUGCAUACCUGUGUGAGGACAACUGCUCGUCCACCCCAACGGACGUGCACGGUAUCUGUGUCGAAGAUUUCCCCAUCCACCAGUGCCAUUGUUUGCCUCCUUGGGGGGGGCAUAAGUGUGACCAGCUAGGUUGCCUAAACCAAUGUUCCGGGAGGGGCACUUGCACAGGUGGCGUUUGCCAGUGCGAAGACGGGUUCCACGGCGACGACUGUUCAGUGUUCAUGAUGCGCAUCGUUGGCUAG